AUGGCAGACACAGAGCAGACUUCAGCGCCCGACUACGUCACGCUGGUCAGCAACGACGGCUUCGAGUUCUUGGUGCAGAGAACUUCGGCCUGUCUGUCUGGCGCCAUCAAGAGGAUGCUUGACCCCAUCAAUGGCUUCGCAGAGUCAAAGACGCACAGAUGCACGUUUGAAAACAUCAAUGGCAUGGUUCUCGAGAAGGUGUGCGAAUACUUUUACUACAAUGAAAAGAAUCGCGACUCGACUGGUGUCCCUGACCUGGACAUUCCGCCUGAGCUCUGUCUUGAAUUGCUCAUGGCGGCCGACUACCUGAAUGGUAAUCCACCUCGCCUUCUCUUCAGCAUUGUCUGCCAUGCUAACACAUCCUCCCAGUCUGAUGAAACCUGA